UCCAUCAUUGAUAAGAAUACAUUUUUCACUGCCCUUUCAUAAUUUUCAUCGUGGUUUAAUGUCUUAUUGUCUUAACUAGCAAUUAUUUUUUGUGUAGUGGUGACAGUAGUUACAAAAAUGAGAUGCAAGUUGAUGCUGCUUGUAGUUCUGGGAGUUCUAGUGCAAACUUCCUCUGCAAGGAAGCUACUUGGGGAUCCAAUAUUACCCAAUUUCAACGGUGGAUUCGACCAAAUUUUAGGUGGUCUUGGCGGCAGUGGUGGCGGUGGCAGUGGUGGAGGUGGAGGAGGAGGAGGAGAUAGUAAUGGUGGAUCUGGUGCUGGAUUCGGAUUUGGCGAGGGUCAUGGAUCGGGUGCAAAUGAUGGAUUUGACCAAAUUGUGGGAGGUAUUGUUGGUGAUGGUGGUGGCGGCGGUGGUGGAGGUGGAGGUGGAGGUGGAGGUGGAGGUGGUGGUAGUGAUGGUGGAUUUGGUGAGGGUCAUGGAUCGGGUGCAAAUGAUGGAUCUGACCAAAUUGUGGGAGGUAUUGUUGGUGGCGGCGGCGGUGGAGGUGGUGGCGGAGGUGGUGGUGGCGGCGGCGGAGGUGGAGGUAGUGAUGGUGGAUUUGGUUCUGGAUUUGGAUAUGGUGAGGGUCAUGGAUCGGGUGCAAAUGAUGGAUCUGACCAAAUUGUGGGAGGUAUUGUUGGUGGCGGCGGCGGUGGAGGUGGUGGCGGCGGCGGAGGCGGAGGUAGUGAUGGUGGAUUUGGUUCUGGAUUUGGAUAUGGUGAGGGUCAUGGAGCGGGUGCAAACGGCAGCGACGAUGGUGGUGGAGGUGGCGGCGGUGGCGGUGGUCAAAAUGGCGGUAGUGGUUUUGGCGCCGGAGCAGGAUUUGGCCAAGGUGGUGGUAGAAUUUGAUUUCACCAUUUGCUCAAACAUUUUUUUUUCCCGUAUAAAUAAGUGAAAAGCAAAUUAAAAGCAUUAAUUUGCUAUAGGGGCUUAUUCUUCAUCCUAAUUUUUAGCAUGUGCAAUUCCGCAAGUGAUUUUCUUGAAUAACAUUUUGCCACUGCAUUGUUUUUUAUUAUUAGAGACAUGUUAACAAUGUUGAGAUAUGAUGUAAGUCAACUCUUGUUUGAU